UGUAUCAGCUUGUCACAUGUUACAUAUAAAAUCAUUUUAUUUUAUGCUGCAUGCUGCCUGUACAAUUUACAGAAUCACAGAGUAGGUAAGGUUGGAAGGGACCACAGUGGGUCCUCUGGUCCGAUCUCCCAGUCAGGGUCAUCCUAGAGCACAUGACACUGGAUUGCAUCCAGAUGAUUCUUGGAUAUCUUCAGGGAGGGAGACUCCACAACUUCUCUGGGCAAUCUUUAGUUCAAAGAUUUUCCACUAUGUAUUGCCCAGGUUUACUCUGAUCUACUUUCUGCUAAAAACUCUUUGGGAGGAAAGAAAGCAAAGUAUCUUGCAUGAGGAAGUCAUUUAAGCUCUCAAGAUCUUGAAUCUCUUUUCUAAAUUACAUGUAUCACUUCUGCAACACUGAGGCUUCUUAUGUUUCUAUGCAUGCUGUGCUUUCAACUUACCAGUGGAAGGAUUUGAGGCCAAUUACAGAGUUUUAAAUGAAGUUCAAAUUAACUAAUUUUAAAAUUAAAGAAAAGAACUUAAGGUGUAGUAGGAAGCUAAAUUCUGCUCAUCUUAUAAAGUAUAUUCCAAAGUAUGUGGCUCUCGAGGAAUGCCAUGAAAAAAUGAAAGUCCUUAUUAAGAGUUCAGAGUGAAAAAGUUCACAGGAAUUGUAAAGAUCGUAGUAAAACUUUGGAAGGAGCACAUGGAAUAUGUAACACUUCUCUUAGGACUUUGUAUAUGAAGGUUGAGGCUGUUCCUUUGUGCAUCAGGAUCAGAUGCAAUAUCCACUCUCGGACUCCUGUUACCAAAAAAAUCUAAAAUCUUGUACAUUUUUCACCUCCUUUUAAGACACCUUUGUGAUAAAGCAGUUUGUAGUGUUUGUAGUAGUCUGCUGCUGAACUACUGCAAGUUACAAUUUUUUUUUUUUUUCAUUUUAGAGCUGGAAUCUGUGUGUCAAAUGAUCAGAGAGGUUCUAGCCAGACUACGUUGGUCACUGCAGUCAGUUGGUCGUCGUUGUAGUUUAACCUUAUCCAAUAGCCCAGCCCCAUGCAGCUCACUCACUUCCCCCGAUUGGAUGCGGAGGAGAGUCAGAAGGGUAAAAGAGCACUUGUGGGUCGAGAUAAAGGCCGUUUAAUAGGGAAAGUAAAAUCUGCACACACAGAGCAAAACGGAAUUCAGAACUUCCUAUGGGCAGGUGUUCAGUCCUCCUCAGGACAACAGGACAUCCUCAGCACACCUAAUGAGUACUUGUGAAGACAAAACCAUCACUCCAAAUACCCCAUUCUUUAUGCAGAGCAUGGUGCCUUAUGGUUUGGAAUAUCCCUUUGGUCAUUUGGGGUCAGCUGUCCUGGCUGUGUCACCUUCCAACUCAUUGUGCACCCCCAAGCCCCUUGCUCGUGGGGUGGGGUGAGGAGCAGAAAGGACCUUGGCUCUGUAGAGCACUGUAUCAGUAAUGAAAAUGGGUUAUCUCUGGGUUAUCAGCACUGUUUCCAGCACAAGUCAUAGGCAUGGCCCCACACUAGCCACUGUGAAAGUUAUAGCUCUACCACAGUCAAUUAAAGUAGUAAUGUGGCCUUGAGCUAUCAUAAAUGCCACUAGGCAAAAUUUACUUGAUCCUGAAACAGUUAAAAUGCAAGGGUGAAUUUCUGCAGAAAAUAAAUGUUGGCUGUAGUUCGGUUUUGUUAUUUACAGAUUUUUAGGAGUCAGUCUUCUGUGUUAGGUCUGGCAUCUCCAUUUUCAAAAAAUACCAAUAGCUAGCUGCCUUUUAGUGAGACUUCUUGAGAUAACGUAAAGUAGACUGUAAAUUAAAGCAACUGAUACCUCAGACCAGAAAUUAAAGAUUUACUUGGACUAUAGACAACCUGAUUUCCUUAUUGCCAAAAGGAGAAAGACACACUUCUUAGCUUGACUGGAUAAUCCUGCUGCCUUGUGAUUACAGGGUCUGGUAUUUCUCAGGCUUUGUUGUGCAUUGAUUUAACAACCAAAAUUGGUUCAUCAGUCUGCUGGAAUUCUGUUAUGUUUUAGGAAGUUAAAUCAGCUCACAGAAGGAUCAAAGUCCUAGAACCUGCAGAAAGUAAGCACCAGAAACAUUCAGUCAGAGGCAGGAAUUCUCUGUUCCUGGCAGUGACUGUGAGUAAUACAAUGAGCUUACUGCAUCUUGAGGAUUUGUAGCUGAAGAGCUCAUUUAGCCACGUUCUGAAUGAGUGGGCAACUGAGUUUAUGACAAGCCAUGUAGAAGGGAGAGGAGACAUUUUGCUGAAGUCUGUUUUAGCUAUUAGUCACUUAGGAUGGUCUGGAAGGUGUUUGGAACAGUUUCAAAUAAUUUUACCAGUUGUAUCAUCAAAGCUGCUCACAUUCUGCACAUAAAGGAAGAAAUCAAAUGUACAGCUAUCUCCCCUUUGUUUUAAACAAAAAAACAUUGUUGGUGCUUUUUAUCUUUUUGAUGCAGUGGGGAUGAUAAUGGCUCCAUAAAUGGAGUGUGUAUUGCCUCAGAGAGACAGGCUUACUUGUAAUUAAAGCUUAUAUUUGUGAAGAGAGCUUUAUAUCAAGUGCCUUGAGUUUCUCAGACUGUACUAAACAUCUAUUAUUUCUGUUUCAAUUUUUUUGUGUAUGACUUAUGAGAAGCUCAUCUCGAAAAAGUAUUUGUGAAGAUAAAUUUAGUAAUGAGUAUUGCAUACUCAGAUAGUGUAGCAAUGAGUUUACUGAAAGAAAUCCAGUAUGUAAUCUUAAGACUACCUAAAGAGUGCCUUUGUUAAGCAUUAUUGUGUAGAUCUUUAUAUUAUCUGUUAAAACAACCCUUUUAAAGUAAUGCAUGUCAAGAUUUCAACAAAAAAAUCUAGGCAAUUUAAGUAUAUACCAUUUUCCAACUUAGUGAAAAGUGUAAUAAAUCACUGAGAUCUAUUUAAACAUUUCCACUUGGGUGUUAAUGUACCCUUAAUUGCAUAAAGGUCUUGUGUGAUCGGUAGCUUAAAGAGGGCAAAGUUUAUUUUACAGUUUGAUAAAAGGACCCUAGGCUAACAGUGACAGCAGUACCUUAAAGUACUAAAAGUAUUUAAUUUUCAUGUUUAAGACAUCUCUGACCUUUAUUUUGUUGCUACUGGUAGUUAGUAGAUAGUGAAAUUGUAUUCCUAAAAUUGUAUGUUUCAUUUGAGACUUAUUUAUUUUAGGAAAAUAACCAAUAUAAAAUAAAUACUAAUGAACCCUUAGUGGUUUUCAUUCUGAUCAGUCAGAAUAAAAUAUGGGUAUAUAUGGCUAUAUGUUGUGCUAAGUUAACAAACUGAAGGAAAAUAAAAGUGUUUACAUUACUGUUGAUGGGCUAAGGAAUACAUGAAGAGUUUAAACUUUUCAACUCAUCAUUGGAAAAGCAGAUUUACUGAACAAUGUUAAAAAAUUGAAAAGAUUACAUAUGUGCAUUUUGCACAUUCUUAGGCAGGAGAAGCACAAGAGGCACCUGUGGUGCACAGGGCAUUUGGAGAUAUAGAACAUAUUAAUCAUGGUCUAUAUCUCCAAAAGCUUGUUCCCAAGCAGGAACUGGCCCAGAGGCCAGCUUGGCAGGAGCAAGCCCUGUACAUGCUGUGCUCUCCAAAACAGAGCUCGGAGACACUGUGGCUCAGAAAUCAUUUAUUGCCCAUGCUAACUUUGCUACCAAAUCCAGGAAUUAAUGGGAGGGGAAGGAUGGUGUUGUUAUUAGGCACAUUCCAAAAAUGUAUUGACAGCUAUUGCACAAGCUUAAUACUACAAAUCAGCAGAUUCCCAUGUCCAGGGAAGUUCUCUGGCAGUGUUUCAUUUAGUAAGAUACAUGAAGCUAUAAUUAAUUGUAAGGAGAAAAAUUUGGAGAAAGCCCCCAAAGGUAGAAUAAAAUUUAAGUAUUGCUGUCAUGACAUAUUUAAUUCAAAUAUUAAGGUUUGAAAAAUUUGUAGGUGGAAGAUGUUUCCAUGAUGUUCUACAGACAUUAUUUUCUAGAUGAAUGUAGUGCUGGUAAGUGACAAAUGAGCAAAUGAACUGUAGCGACAGCCUUUAGGAGAGCAGACUUCUUUGCCUAUUUAGUAUUUGCCUAUUACACAUGUGAGUGAAGAAAAAGCAGUUAUCCCACGUUUGUUUCCAUCUGGGAAAGAUUGCUGUACCAUUCAAGUAGAAGUUCAUGGGUCUUUCCCUCCAUCACUACACAAAAACUGCUCUCCCUUUUAAGGCUCUUCCCCAAGCGGUACAAUUUAGCCAGUUUUCCCCCACUCAGUGCAGGCUUCAUUCUGUGUAUUAGUCUUCUAAUAAAUACAUUAUUACACUUCGUGUUCCAAAAAGUAAUCAGUAUUGAUAGUGAAAUAAAAAAUAGAAUUUUAAAGUAUCUUCUUUCAUCAUUUCAGUGGGUUUAAAAGCACUUAGGCCUUAGAUCUUAAUGACUGUUUUGAGCAUUAUACUGUGUAUAAUCUGGUGAUUCAGGCUGUGUAUUAGUACAGUAUUUUAGUCAGAAAAUUGUCUAAAGGAAUAGUAUUGAGUUUUAGUCUGUUUUCAGAUUGUGCUAGUGAAAGCUUCUUGAGGUCAUAAAUAGGCUGAGGCAUUUUAAUUUAUUUUGUUUCUGUGUUUCAAAAGCAGUAAAGGAUUAUUCAUCCUCUUUCAUAAUAAAUAUUGAUUUUGCAGGAAAACUGGUUCACUUUUGCAAUUACAAGGUUAUUCCUUCAAAUAUGCUGUCAGUAACCUUUAUGUAAUACCUUGUUUCUAAUAAGGCUAUAAAGAUUUAAUGACAAUAAUUUUCUGCAGAAAAACAAGCGGAACUUUAACUAGUUAGCUCAUUUACUGAUGAUGCACAAAACAUCACAGUUAGGAUCACUUGUAUUAUGUGUUUGGUUCUGCAUGGCUGGUAGGAAUAGAAAUUUAUUAAAGACUUACUUAGUCAAGGGCAAAACGUAGUGAAUAUGCAACGGGAAAACCUUUUGUGGCAUUUUACAAACAAAACUGAAUUUUUGACUGAUUCUUUUAAUUUGAACACAAACACUUAAAAAGUAAUAUAGCAGGUGUUGAAACUCAUUCACAAACACAGCAAGUAAAAAAGGAAACAGACUUUUUAAAGGAACGGUUUUUUAUGUAUGAAAUAUUAGAUGUUCUCCUAAGUCCUCUGGAUUCUUUAAGGGUCUAUUUGUCUUGUUGUAUGUGUGUCACAUACAGGUGUGAGUUUUCCAUUGUGUUUCAGAAUGAAGAAUAGAACACCCAAGCUCAAAUUCUGGUGUGCAGGGCACAGGACUGCUAUUUACCAUGCAGAUGCAUGAAUAAUCCAGUUAAAUACUUGGAGACUAAUAAUUUCCAUUCCUGGGACCAGAACAGAAUAAGACACGGAAAAAAUUUCUGUCAGUAAGGAGGAGUGUUUCUUUUUCUACAAGUUUUUUUCUCAGUCAUCCAUGGAUGUGGUUCAGAUUGCUUCAGCUUGGCAGGUGAGAAAUGCAUAAACUGAAUUAGUAAAGAGUGUCCAAAGAAAUCUGAGGUCAAACCUCCUAAUGAGCCUGUAUUUUUCCCAUGCUAAACAUUCUCUCUUAGAAAGAAGGGGAGCUCAGAUGAGAGGUGGAGCAGUUACUAAAAGUUAUUGAAAGACAGGCUUGUAGUGGAGUAAGUACAGCAUCCAUCAUCAUAUUUACCAAAAGUGAUGAGAAUUGAACUAUGGUGUUAUUACCAGGUUUGUGAUUAAAUGUUUACUUCAUAAAAAUAAUACCCCUACCUGUAGCUUUGUAAGGGUCCCCACAUUAGACAUGAGCAUCUAUGGACAAGCAGUACAGACUCCUAGAGAAGCCUUUUUCUGAAAUCCUCUCAUUUUUGGUUUUGAAUUGCAGUGUUAAUACUCCCUCUUUUCUUUUGGUUUGUUUUUCUGCUAAUUCUAUUCAUAUGGUCUUUGCACAGAAUUUUUUCGCUUCUUUUUCACCUUGGUUUUUACAAAGAUUACAAGAGUCUUGUUGAAAUUGCAGUGGCAAGCUCUACUGAUCUGGUGCUGGCAGAAAUAAUUGUAUACAUCACUUGCCCUUUCAAGGGUUUCACUGGUAGCAACCAAUUAUUUCUAUCACCAGGUAGCUGAGUAAUGGUGGAGAGGUCAUUUGUCCUGGAAAGAUCUGAUCAAACUGCUGUGCUUUCUUUGUAAUAUGUUUAAAACUUAUUUUAUUGUUAGAGUUGUUUUUUUGGGUUUUUUUGGUUUUUUCCACAAAAAAAGUAUACACCAAGGAGAGUAUUAGAAAGAUUUUAUAGAAUCCGACACAGUUCACUGCAAAUACAAGAGCUUAACAUAACGCACUGUUUACAGCUAUUUCAUUGGGAAAAAAGAUGAUUGAAUAAGGAUCUAGAUAGCUCUUAAUGAAAAAGUAAUUUUAAAUCCCAUUAACACCAAAAGUCACCUGCUGCUUUCAACCCACUUCAUCAGUAUCACAUCAAAAAGAAACAAAUUUGUAGAAUUCUGCAUCUCAGUCAAAUCUGUUGAUUACAAAAAAUCUGCAUGCUAUUGUUCAUAUAUUGUACUUCUUUCUGUGUCUUUUUCAUAUGACAGAAUACAGUUGCCCUCUGAAGCUCCUUAAGUGCCUUUACAGCUUGGCAGUCCCUUGUUAGCCUUUGUAAUCUUCCUGAACAUUGUUCAAAUUUGAUAGCUUUUUUUUUUAACUAAAUAAACUUCUACUUUCUAAAUUUGUUUCUUUGCAAAACAUGAUUACAUCUAGAAAUAUUUAAAUUUCUAACUUGAUUUAAGCACUGUUUAUUUGUUGGGGGAUUUUUUUAAAUGGUGUUUUAUUGUCCAUUCUGUCCUUAUGUAUUUUUAAUACUUGAUACAUAUAGCUUAUCUUUACAUGCUUUUACAUCCUAACAAUUCCUUUACAUUCCAAGUCAGGAAUUUGAAUAAGCAAAUGUUUUGCAAUAAAAAUAUGAUGUGGUUUAUCAACAGAAGCCUGAACCAGGAAUUAGGCUCUACUGUUCUUACUAUUUUUAGCAGUGCUUACUUGCUUCAGUUAGCUCCUUUAUGAACAAAAUAUAGACUAAAGUUACCAGUGCAGCCAGGUUCCAUUCACGGCUGUGGAAAAAUACAUGCACACUUCUGAAGAUCUUGCUCUGUUAUACCAUGUUCCUUUUGAAGGGAACUUCAGUAUUCCUUCUCCAGCCAGUGCAAGGGGUUUUGGUCUCAGCAAUACUCCAGUAUCCAGGAAAGGGCAUUUAGCCAACCAGACUGACGCAAAGUUCUGUAUUGCUGCAGGAGGACUGACGCAGAAGGAAGAUGCCACUGAGGAGCUCAGCAGGAUUCAUGCUGCUCUUGCUCUCUCAGUGCACUGUGUCCCUGGGCACCGGAGAGGCAGUGGUCCUGGCUAAUGCCCACCUCCUCCCCCAGAGAGACUAUGAGAGACUGGGAAACGCCAAUGAAAAAGACUAUCCAAGGGAUUGUUUUGAGAUUUUACAGCAUUCCAAAGGAAAUUCCAGAGAUGGCCUUUACAUCAUCCAACCAAAAGAGGAACCAAUUGUUGUCUUUUGUAACAUGCAGGAUGGUGGCUGGACAGUAAUCCAGCACAUUACAGCCAACAGCACUGUUGACUUUGACAGGACUUGGCAGGACUACAAAUAUGGAUUUGGCUCGGUUCAUGAGAACCACUGGUUAGGAAAUGAAUACAUGCAUCAGUUAACUGGCAGCUCGGUGCAAUAUAUACUUGGAAUUAAACUUGUGAAUCUAAAUGCUGAAGUCAAAUGGGGACAGUAUGAGCCAUUCCUGAUUGAGGGGGAAGAGUCUCAUUAUCGAAUCAGGGUUGGUCUUUACAAAGGCAACGCCACUGAUGCGCUGACCCUGGACACAGAAGCUUAUCUCCAUGACAACCAGAAGUUCACCACCAAGGACAGAGACAACGACAACUACUUUAUGAAUUGUGCUAAGCUGGAACUCAAUGGCAUUCCCGGGGGAGGCUGGUGGUACGACGCAUGUGCUGGGGCAAAUCUAAACCGCAGGAAUGUGAUAUACUGGCAAAAAGACUGCAGCAAGCAGCACCCCUGCAAGUUUGCAUGGAUGAUGAUCAAACCCAUCGAGCACCACCAGUCACCCCCUACCAAGGCCUGCCCCUGUCAGAAAGUUGAACUGUAGACAAGCCAUGUGUAUUUGACAGGAACAUGGACUCUUUUUCAAGUGACUAGAGUGAACUCACUGACUGAGUAAUUACCCAAAGUAGCCCUGACUGGAAAUUUAAAUUGGGCCUCUGUAAGGGAUUUAUGAUGACAUAUUGUUCAGGACUGGAACAUGUCACAGUAAUUUGCCAACCACACAAGUGAGAAUCUGUCAGAAAUUGAGGCCUUUACAACAAGAUUUGAAUAACCAGAAGAUUUAAAUAAUUCACUUUAUACUAUUUUAGCCAUAAGAUAAAUCUGGUAUGAAAUCCAGGAUAUGAUGUCUUGUACAACAUAUAUAUGAAUAAAAAUGCAUUUCAGAAGGUUUUGCUCUGGUGUUAAUGUUCAUGAUUGAUUGCACAUCUGUAAUUGCACAUCUUCACAUAUCGUGCAGGGAGGAAAUUUUCAAUUAAAUACCUACAUUUACAAAAUGCAUACUGAAGAGUAUUGUGUAUCAUAGGGCUACAACAGGCCUUUUCUUUCUAACUUAAGUGAAUUUUAAUAUUUAAAAUUGGAAUUAACCUAAUCUCCCAUAUCUUCUUUCCCCCUUCAUUGACUCUUCCUUUAUCUCUACUUUUUAAUGAUCCCAUAUACAGUGAAGUAUUCAGUACAGGCUUUUCUUUUCUACCUUCAUUUCAGAGCACUCAGCACUUAUGGGAUUGUCAGAUUUUCCAUUUGAAGUCACUGAUCCAAAGCUUACAACCCCUCUGAAUUUUUCCCCCAAGAAACUCAGUUAAUACAUUUUAAAAAAGAUCAAACUGAUAUUGCAAUUGUUUAUUUAUUCCUCCAUUCUUACUCUGAAGAUUACUCCACUUUAUUUACUAUUGUUUGACUGUUACUUCUCCCUGUUCCAUGCUGUGCUUCAGUUUUGGUUUUUUUUUUUAAUACCACUAUGAGGAGAGAAUGUUGUCUUUAUUUCAAAUUUAAUAGUUUGAAUUGUUUUAGUACUCAACCUUGAUAUCAAUUAAACAGUGCCUUUUGUCUAAUUAUAAAAUAAAAUUUAAUUAUAAAUUAUUCUGUUUUAAAACAAUAAACAAAAGGAUUUCAAUUUUUA